CAUGUGUAAGUGAGCAGUGAAUGAGGUAGCAGGUCAGCUGCGAUGGCACAAAAUUAUUCAUAAGAAUGCGCCCAAGGCCACUUCCUUCGAUCGUUUCACAUUGUCUUUCUGUCGAUGAUGUCUCACUCUGCCCACCUUCUGCGCUCAACAUUAUUGCGACAACGAGAUAGGAAGUAACGACUUUGAUCCCGAAGGACAUUUGAAGACUGCUAGGCAGCAGCAUAAUCCGCGCGUACUCGAGGCCAUCAAAUCACUGUCAUCUACAGCGUGAGCCAUCAAAAUGGUCUUGGGCGGAACCAUCCUCGCCAUCAUCGCCAUCUUCCUCCCGCCACUACCAGUCAUCAUCCGACGCGGCUGCAGCGGCCAUGUACUCCUCAACAUCCUCCUCUGCAUUCUAGGAUGGAUUCCCGGAAUCCUCCACGCGUGGUACAUCAUUCUCGAAACGCCUUCUCUCAGAAAACGCCAUCGCCGGCGAAGCCAGUCAAGAGUCAUUCGAGAAGAGGUCUAUGUCCCACCGAGACAUCACAGUCGCACUCGGUCGCGCAGUAGAUCUGUGCCGCCGGUAGAUGGAUACAGACGAACGAGAAGCCGGAGCGUGGGGAGGAUUGCUGCACCACCGCCGGCUGAUGUGUAUGCGAGGCAGCCAUAUUACAGGGAGGAAGUGUAUUACGACAAUCGCGGGGCGCCACCACCGAGAUCGAAGUAUUACUGAUCAUAGUGUUUGGGGAAAAGCCGGCGCGCGGAGAGGAUGAAGCUUGGUUUGGUCCAGGACUAUGAGCUUAACUUGACCAAGAGUCUCAAGUGAAGGAACG